AUGGAAGAGCUUCCGAGCAUAACCGUGAGUCAGCGCGAGCAAUUUCUGGUGGAGAACGAUGUUUUUGGGUUAUACAGUUACUUUGACGCCAGCGACAUUGCUACUAAGGAAUUCCUGGUGGGGAUUCAGCGAGACAACCAGAUGGAUUAUCUGAUGAAUGGUUUAAGGCAGCUAGGUCCAUCGUUUGCGUCCUUAGAUGCUAAUCGACCUUGGAUUUGCUAUUGGAUUCUUCAUUCAAUUGCUUUGCUUGGAGAGUCUGUGGAUAAUGAUUUAGAAAAAAAUGCCAUCGACUUUCUUGGACGCUGCCAGGGCUCUGAUGGUGGAUUCGGUGGUGGUCCUGGCCAACUUCCACAUCUUGCAACAAGUUAUGCUGCAGUGAACGCACUUGUUACAUUAGGAGGUGACAGAGCCCUUUCGUCAAUCAACAGAGUAAACAUGUCUUCUUUUCUAAGACGAAUGAAGGAUAGUAAUGGAGGUUUCAGGAUGCAUGAUAUGGGAGAAAUGGAUGUUCGAGCAUGCUACACUGCGAUUUCGAUUGCAAGUAUCCUGAACAUUAUGGAUGAUGAACUCACCCGAGGCCUUGGAGAUUACAUCUUGAGUUGCCAAACUUAUGAAGGUGGCAUUGGAGGAGAACCUGGAUCCGAAGCUCACGGUGGGUACACCUACUGUGGAUUGGCUACUAUGAUCUUAAUCAAUGAAGUCGACCGUUUGAAUUUGGAUUCACUAAUGAAUUGGGUUGUACAUCGGCAAGGAAUAGAAAUGGGAUUUCAAGGUAGGACCAACAAAUUGGUCGAUGGUUGCUACAGUUUUUGGCAGGCAGCACCUUGUGUUCUACUACAAAGAUAUUUUCUGACCCAUGAUCUGGAACUUCAUGGAUCAUCAUCACAUGUAUCACAAGGGACUGAUGAAGCUCACACGGAACAUGAUCAUGAUGAUGAAGAUGAUCAUGAAGAGAGUGAUGAAGAUGAUUCUGAUGACGACAGCGAUGAAGUUUCAGGGAAUGUUCAUGUGCAUCAUACAUCGACCUACAUUAACAGGAGAGUGCAACCGUUUUCUGAUAGCCUCGGUUUGCAGAGAUAUGUACUCUUGUGCUCUAAGAUCCAUGAAGGUGGAUUCAGAGAUAAGCCGAGCAAGCCUCGCGACUUCUACCACACAUGUUACUGCCUAAGCGGUUUGUCCGUGGCUCAGCACGCUUGCUCAAAAGACGAGGACACUCCUCCUUUGACUCGUGACAUUUUUGGUGGCUACGCGAAUCACCUUGAACCUGUUCACCUCCUCCACAACGUCGUCAUGGAUCAAUACAACGAAGCUAUCGAGUUCUAUCAUCGAGCAGCAGCAUGA